CUCUUCCCUUGUCCAAUCCUCGCCCUGGUUCUUGUUAUGCCGACGGCAGAUGGCUAUGAGAGGCGGAAAGCCGUUGAAGAUACAAUGUACGAGGAGAGCGGGCUGUACAAAAAUAUCGUCUGGCAUAAGCAAACCAUCAACAAUGCGCGCAGUCUCUAUGCUAUCUUGCGAGCACUGAGUAAUGGUAUACAAACGGGUCUUAUUUCUGGAGGGCUCUUCAAACUUGAAGAAGCGUAUACAAAAGUUUCCUCGCAGGAUACUUCAAGGGUCCCGGAUAACGCUGAAGACGAAGUUGACUUCCACUAUGUUGGCUCUGCCAAGUCGCAAAACACACGCCGAGUGCCUGAGUUGGACGACGAUCGGAGAGGCCCAACAGAUAAAGGACUGGUGCUCGGCCUGGAAGAGCAUGUACUUGCUCCAGGUGGUGUGAAUGUCAUACGGAGAGAUAAGAACGUAAGUACGUCGUGGGUAAGCUGUCUAAGAAGGAUUUGUUGUUGA